ACUGCGUGCGUAGCAUGUUAAAGUGGGAAGCCCGGGCAUGUCAUUCCUGCACAUCUCGGUGGAGAUAUAGGGGUGUGCGCUGCCGGAGAACUCUGCAUGGACCAGGCGGCGCAACUUUCAUAGAACUCUACUUAGACCGGCGAAAGAGUUGACAGCAAACGGGAUUUAUUAACUCUGUCGUCCUCAAUUUUUAUUUAAACAUUGUGAAUAUUUAUAUGACAAAAGUCAAACCUGUAUGAGAAUCUUGCGUCACCGAUAUACGAUCGCGCAAUGUCAAUAUAUUUCAAAUUAUUGACAAGUUGGUUCGUAACCAGCCUUGCCAUUCCCACAAAUGGAGAAAUCUUCACGUCAAUGAUGAAUGUGAGGCAAGCCAUUGAUACGGAAAGGAAACUCAUUCAUAUUCUAAAAUCGUACAUAGACCAAGAGACAGAGAGACUGCGAGACAUCCAAAGGUUUUACGCAAAGGUUUCUCAGCUGCACAGCACCGUCUACACCAGACUGUCCGGCACGGCUGCAGCGAACCCAUUGGUGGCCUUCACCCUCAUCAAACGCCUGCAGUCGGAGUGGCCCAACGUGGUCUACAGCAAAGAAGCCGAGGAGAACAUCCAAGCCCUUAGGUCUGGCUACGGCAGUGUGGAGGGGAGCCUGCCCAAGCACGAAGAUGUUCAAGGAGCAGCCCAGGGCCUGAUGAGACUCCAGGAUGUUUACGCGCUGCGGUUGGAGGGCCUGGUCCGCGGACACUUCCAGAGGCUGACCAACCACGGCAACGCCGUGGACAUCUACCGGCCGCCCGUGUCCGUACGGCUCUCUGGAGACGACUGCUUCCUUGUGGGAAAAGUUGCCUAUGAUGAUGAGGACUACUAUCACUCUGUACAGUGGCUGGAGGAGUCAGUCAGGCUGUUCAGAGACUCCACGCUGGCUUGGAUGCCGGAGAAUGAGGGGAGUCUGGAGGAUGCCCUCGACCAUCUCGCCUUCUCCCACUUCAAGACAGGAAACAUUUCUUAUGCACUGAGUCUCUCGCAGGAAUUGCUACGUCAUGAUCCUCUGAAUGGAAGAGUGCUGCUCAAUGUUGAGAAGUACGAGAGGCUUCUUGUUGAAAACCCACCUGUGGCCACCACCGCCAGCGUCCUAAAAAGACCCUCCACCACAUACCUGAGGACCAGAAACGCCUAUGAGAAGCUCUGCCAAACACAAGGCUCUCAGCCAAAGCACUAUGAGGACCCGGAGCUGUUUUGCGAUUACUUCAGCAAUGGCAGCCCAGGCCUGCUGCUGCAGCCCGUGAGGAGGGAGGUGGUGAGCUUCCAGCCCUACGUGGUCCUGUAUCACAACUUCACCACAGACAGCGAAGCCGAGAGCAUCAAGGGGGUGGCUCAGCCAGCACUGAGGAGAUCUGUUGUUGCAUCUGGUGUGAACCAAUCUACAGUUGACUAUCGAAUUAGUAAAAGUGCCUGGUUGAAAGAGACAGCCCACCCCAGCAUCGGGAGGCUGGAUAAGCGUGUCCAGGCGGUGACGGGCCUAAACGUGCAGCACCCUUACGCAGAGUACCUGCAGGUGGUGAACUACGGCAUUGGAGGACACUACGAGCCACACUUCGAUCACGCCACGUCAGAGUCCAGCCCUCUCUACAAGCUCAACAGCGGAAAUCGAGUGGCUACCUUCAUGAUAUACCUCAGUGCGGUGGACGCAGGUGGAUCCACAGCCUUCAUCUACGCCAACUUCAGUGUCCCAGUUGUACAGAAUGCUGCCCUCUUCUGGUGGAACCUCCACCGUAAUGGCGAAGGCGACGAGGACACACUGCACGCUGGCUGCCCUGUCCUAGUUGGAGACAAGUGGGUGGCAAACAAGUGGAUCCAUGAGCACGGGCAGGAGUUCCAACGGCCCUGCAGUCAAGACCCUGACGAAUGAGAGACACUCACUCAAGCACAGCGCAGCGGACUGGAGGAAUCAAGAAGACAGCAGCAGCAGUGGGAAGAAGAAAAUGAAGAGCAGUGGAAAAAGAGCAAACGGCAAAAAAAGAGAGCGAAAAAGUGGGAAGGAGUGAAGAAGAGAAGAAGAUAGAAGAGGAGCGACUUGAUUGUGCCUGCAUGGCUGGGACCGUUUGGAGUACAAGAGCCAACCUCCACAAUGGAGCGGUUGCACCAAGAGUGGAGAGAGUGGAGAGAAGGAGGAGGGGGGGGGGGACGGCAAACCCCAGUGAAAGAAAUGAGGAGAGAAAGAGAGUGAGAGUGGGAGAGAGAGAGUGGUUUGGUAUGGGGGGAAGAGUGGAAGGAAUCAGGAGAGGAGGGAGAGAGUUGGAGAGAGAGAGAGUAGUGGUGGUGGUGGUGGUGGUGGUGUGGUGGGGAGGAGAGUGGAAGGAAUAGGAAGAGGAUUGGCUAUCUGCCCACGACAGCGUUUGGAGAAUUCCGCUUCCCUCAGGGAGAGGAAGGAGAGACGGAGGGGCACGUGCUGAGACAGUCAAAGGAUGACGAGUGGGGUGACUAAUGGAGCAAGUGUGUGCAUGCGUCUCUGUGUCAUUGUGACCGAGGGAGGGAAGAAUUUGUGUGUGUGUGUGUGUGUGUGUGUGUGUGUGUG